GUCUUCUGUUUUCUAUUUCUUCGUUAUCGGAAAAGAAUGAAAUUGGGAUUUUCUUGGGAAAAGUUCUUGUGUUCAAUUAUUAUGGUGGUGUUGAUAAUAAUGGGUAUGUUAGGAGAAUCAGUGGCGUCGGUCCACAAGGUGGGUGGAUCUGCCGGAUGGACCAUUCUCGGCAAAGUCGACUACAAUACAGGGGCGGAGGCAAAGCUUAUGGAGUGGGUAUUUGUGUACAACCGCCAGUUUCACAACGUGAAGCAAGUGAGCCGCCGUGAUUUCCUCUCGUGUAACGCCACGUCAGCAAUGGCCACCUACACUUCUGGCUCCGACACAGUGGCUCUUACAAAACCCGGCCACUUGUACUUUCUCUGUGGCUUCCCUGGCCACUGCCAAGCCGGGCAGAAGCUCCAUGUCCUCGUUGCCGCCGCCAUAGUCAGUCCCACCCUCAGCCCAGCUUUUGCCCCUGUUCCGUCACCUUCCACCGGGUCGUCUUCGUCUCCCUCUCCAGCCACGGCUUCCAAAGAUACCGCUCAAAAUGAUGCCGUUUUGUUGUCAAUGUCAGCGGUUUUGACUUCAACAUUGAGUAGUGUUGUCGUGUUUUUGGUAGCAUUGGUCUAUUAUUGAUUGAGAGAUUUUUUCACGUUUUGUUUUUGUUAUGUUUCCCUAAUUUUCAUCUUUGUGUGUGAUUUACUUUUACUUUUCUACCUAUAGCCACUUCCUAUUGUUAUUUCUUUUUGAAAAUUUUAUAAUGAUUAAAGUAUUCGGUAUGAU